AUGGAGACUAUAGAGCGUGUCCAAAAACACAAGGAGGCCCUCACAGCAGAGUACUCUGAGGCCAUCCCGGGCCUGACAGCCCUGGCGCGCUCCAUGGUGCGGGAGCUCGACCCCUUGGACGACCUGGAGUUCCUGCGCGUGCGCAGCGCAAAGCACGAGAUUAUGGUGGCGCCGCGUGAGUGGUGA